AUGAAGAAGAUGGCGGAUGAACCCAAAGUGACCUGGGCCUCCCUCCCGCGAAAGGACCAGCUGGUCAUCCUCUUCCUCGUCCGCUUCUGCGAGCCCAUCGUCAAGGUCUCCAUCUCCUCCUAUGUCUACUUCCAGCUGCAGUCGCUGGACCCGUCACUCCCCAGCGCCGCCGUCGUCCAGCAGACCACGCUGCUGCAGGCCGCCUACACCGUCGCGCAGUGUCUCGCGAGCGUGUUUCUCGGGAGCGUCGCGGAUUCGCCCAGGGGCGGGAGGAAGGUUGUUGUUGUUUUGAGUUUGCUGGGGUCUUUUGUCGCGUGCUCUCUGUUCGGCUUCGUCGCCAACUUCAAACAGGCCCUCGUGCUGCGCUUCAUCGAGGGCCUAACCAACGGGACUGUUGCCAUGGUGCGGACUAUGACGGCCGAGGUUGUGCAAGAAAAGAAAUUCCAAGCGAGAGCCUUCGUCCUCCUCAACAUCAGCACCAGCUUCGCCAUCAUCCUCAGCGCCCUCGUCGCCGCCGGCACGGUCGAGCUGACGCCCAAGGCCCACGGCGGCAGCGGGUUGCUGACCCGGUACCCGUAUGCCCUGCCCGCCCUUCUCAACGCCAGCUUCCUGCUGGUGGUGUUGGUGACGGCGGUUUUAUUCCUUGAAGAGGUGUGUAUAUGCCUGCAUACUCCCUCCCUCCACCAUCCCUACCUUACUACCCACCCACCCACACCCACUCCCAUGGCGAUGUUGUUGACCAUGAUUCAGACCUCCAAGCUCGUCCGCCACAGGUACGACCCUGGCAUCGCCCUGUCAAGCUACAUCCUCUCCCGGCUCCAGUGGCUCCGCCGCGGCCGCCGCACCGGCAGAGAAGAAGCACAGUACGCCCCUCUCGACGCAACCGAGGAGAUGGCCUUCCUCGACGAGCCAGAGCCGCCGUCACCCCCGCCGAAACCCAAAUCCGUCGCCAGGCUCCCCACCGCCCGCAUCUUCACCAAGAACAUGGUGCUGGUCCUCCUCGCGGCCUUCAUCUACGAGGCGCACCUCGGGACCGCCAGCGUCGCUUUCCCGAACCUCCUCGUGACGCCCGUCUCCACCAGGGAAGAGGAGGCGCAGCGGGUGCUUCCGUUCUUCUUUGGAGGAGGGGCAGGCUUCACGCCGUUGCCUCUGGCUGUGUACUCGGUCAUGCAUCUUGUCCAUCCCCCUCCAGAUGAUCCUCUACCCACGCCUGUCCCAGAGCCUCGGACCCCUGCAAGUCUGGCGGAUCUUCUACCUCGCCUACCCGCUCCUCUACUACGCGUACCCCUUCGCAGCCCUUGUCCCCUCCAGCAGCCCCCCACCAUCCGGCAAAACCGGAGUCGCAAUCUGGGCCGUGAUAGCGCCGAUGCAGGUGCUCACCGCGCUGCUGACCAGCACCGUGUCCCCGUCCCAGACCGUCCUGAUCAACGCGGCGUGCCCGCACCCGUCUGCACUCGCCAGGACACACAGCAUCGCCUUCUUCUCGUCGAUGGCGACGCGGGCGGGGAGCACGGCGCUGGCGGGCGCGUUGCUGGGCUACGGCACGUCGCACAACCUGACAGGGUUGGUGUUUUGGGGGUGUGCGGCUGUUGCGGCGCUUGGGGCUUGCUUGAAUCCGUUUUUGACCGAGGGGACCGGGCAUGA